UAUAGGAUGUCUUCUGAUUGAUGAGAUGAAGGUCAGCCCUACACUUGUCUUUGAUAAGAAAUCCCUGGAAAUCCAUGGCUUUACAGACUUAGGUGAUUAUACGCCUUCCUCACAAACAUCGCAGAAGGGUGACCAUGCUUUGGUCCUGAUGUUCCAACCCUUUAGAGGAAAGUGGGUGCAAACAAUUGCUUGUUUCCUAUCAAAAAAUGCUGCCUCAGGUACAGUUUUGCACCAUCUCAUUAUAGAGGCAGUGACAUUGAUGGAAAAGAGUGGUUUUUUCGUUGAUGCUGUGGUGUGUGAUGGUGCUACCUGGAACCGCAGCAUGUUUAAAAAAUUUGGCAUUUCUUUGGACAGUGUUAGCUGUGAACAUAUUACUGAUCCAACUAGACGACUGUGGUUUAUUUCAGAUUUUCCACAUCUUAUAAAGAAUUUGAGGAAUGCUAUUGUUAGCAAUCAAGUGACAUUUGUAAGUUUUAUUUGUUUAGUUUUAUUUUAUAUUUUAAUGUGCAGAAGAAUUUAUUAUAUUGUUUUGAAUUUUUCCUUUUUUAGUGCUUCUACUGCUGCAGCAUUGCAGGUUUACAGCGGCAAAGUGCCGGAACUCAAAGAAAGUAGUGGCUGCGCUAACUUCGUUCGAAGAAUUAAUACAGUUGUUGAUGCUAUGAAUUCGCGCACACCUUUAACAGCAUUGAAGCUUAAUUCUCUACCAUACAAGGAAAUUCAAGAUUUCUUAAUUUACCUUAUUGAGUGGGAAGCUCUUGCUAAGAGUAAAGGCUGGAAAUUUAUGUCAGAGUCGACAUACUUUGGUCUUAGAGUCACCUGCCAAGCGACUCUUGAACUGGCAGAAUUUUUAAGCUCAAAGUGUGAUUUCAAAUAUCUAAUGACUGCAAGACUAAAUCAAGAUUCUCUUGAAGUAUUUUCUUCUUUCAUAUUAUAG